GAAAACGUCACAUUUCCGCAAACAAACCACACCGCCGGAAUCGCAUUUUAAAAUAAGGUCUAGGAAAAAUCCUUAAAAAUAUUUUUAAUGUGAACUUUAUUCAUCCAAUCAGAUUCGCGAUCGGUUGCCUGGCGGUGACUCAAGCGGGAAGCAUGGCGGCGGCGGAGAGAGCCAUCGUCCCUGAUCCCAUCACUCAGAUGACAACUUAUGAAGGUCCAGGUUUAGUUGACCUUUCAAGUCAGGGCCUUCACAAGUUGGACCCAAACUUCUCCUGUUCACCGGACACCCACACCCUCAUCUUAGACCAGAACCACAUAAUCAAACUGGAACAUCUAGAGAAGAAUGCAGCACUUAAGCAGCUGUCUGUUGCCUGUAAUCGUCUAGUUCGCAUGAUGGGGGUGUCAAGGCUCACAGAAUUGAGAGUUUUGAACCUGCCUAACAACAGCAUUGGCUACAUCGAGGGACUGAAAGAUCUGGUCCAUCUUGAGUGGCUGAACUUGGCAGGCAAUAACAUAAAGGUGAUAGAGCUGCUGAACAGCUGUGUGGCUCUGCAACAUCUGGAUCUAUCUGACAACAACAUUUCGAACACAGGGGACAUUUCAAAACUCACUGCCUUAAAGACACUCCUUCUCCAUGGCAACAUCAUAACAACGCUGCGUACUGUCCCUGCCCAUUUCCCCCCAAACCUCACCGUUCUCUCCUUGGCUGAGAAUGAGAUCCGAGACCUCAGUGAGGUGUCCUAUUUGGCACCUCUACAUGACCUUGAGCAGCUGUCCAUCAUGACCAAUCCGUGCGUGAUGGCCACACCCUCCUUGCCUGGCUUUGAUUACCGUCCAUAUGUUGUGAGCUGGUGCCUCAAUCUGAAGGUGCUUGAUGGAUAUAUGGUGUCACAGAAAGAGGGGCUCAAGGCAGAAUGGCUAUACAGCCAGGGAAAAGGCCGCACAUAUCGUCCUGGGCAGCACAUACAGCUAGUCCAGUACCUGGCUUCCACAUGCCCUUUGACAUCCACAUCAGCACUGCAGUCUGCUGAGGAUGCCAAGCUGGAGAGGAUUCUCAGCAAGCAGAGGCAGCAUCAGAGGCAGCUGCUCCAGUCAAGUCACCGUGACUCCCCAAGUCCUCCUCGCCCAACUCAGCUAGACGUGGAACAGCACUUGACUGAUCGAGCCAAAGAUGGAGUGGCCAUAUUUGAGGCUUUUCCUGUCAUCAUUCAGUCAGAACUUCCUGAACCGGUUCUUCAGGUGAACACUUGGAUGGGCAGCACAUCCUCAGCAAAAUUUACUGCCGUUCAGGCUCCCCCUUAUGGUGAAGAGAAUCUGGUUCUAGAGGACGUGCAGACAGAUGAAGAGAAGCUCCAUGGCAGCCUCCUCUCCUCAGAGUCCGCCUUUCUUCCUGUCAGCUCCGCCGUCCACUCUCCAUCACCCCCUGACAGCGAAGAGGAGGAGCUGGAUGAGCCUGAUUCGCUGGCUCCUCCAAACCCAACUCGCUCCCAGCCUCAGAAAGCAGAGACAGAAAAGAGCUCUCAAUUGAAAGUCAUCCAAACACCAAAAAACAGAGCAGAUUAUUCAACACCAGAAGAGCAAACUCAUGGAGGGGUUCAUUUGAAAAACAGCAAGCAGCAAAGCUGUCUCCUGAAUGGAGAGGCCAUGUUACAGAAUGGCACAGAGCAGAUAAAGCAGCGUGCCACGGUGGCACAGUGGCAGCCAGAUGAAGCAGCUGUGAAGAUUCAGGCCUGGUGGAGGGGACACUGGACUCGACAGCAGCACCCACAGGCCAAAGAGGUGCGCUGCGAGAUUCGGCUGCGCAGGAUGCAGGAUCACAUUGUCUACCUGACAGCAGAACUGGAGAGGGUGCGGAAGCAACAAGAGGAGGAGAAGUUGCAGAGGAUGGUUCAGGAAGAAGCUGUGAAGUUCCUCUGGAAACAACUUCAGGCCAUGCUGGAGUGGCAGUCUUCGGUGAAGGAGCAGCUCAGCUGUUUGUCUUCCUCACAGAGCUCUGCCGUGGGCCCUAUUCCUGCUGUCCCUAAAGACACAGCCACGGCUCCCGCCAUGCGCAGUGAGCUAUCUAUCCCUGAAUCAGGCUUCCAUUCCCCAGGGGAACGGCAGGGGGCGCUAGAGGACAGUCUGAGCAGCACAGCCACAGCUGGAUCCCCUGAAACAGUGCGGUCCGCAGGAGCUGCGCGCUCACCUGGAGGGGCUGGGGACAGUCAGGACGGCAGCUUGCUCGAGCAGUACCUGUCCUCUGUGCAGCGACAGGAGGAAGAAGAGGACGAGGCUGAAGAGGAAAGAGGCUCGGACAGGACAGGAACAUCACUGGACACGUCAGUCCUCUCUCCACUAAGAGUGUCUGAGCCCUCCUCCUCUCCUGACACAGAGGCUGAAAGGCAGUGCCCCCUGCUGAAGGCAGAGAUGUGAAAGGAUGAAAAUGUGCUACAAAUCUCUUAACGGAAUCCUUCAGCAUUUUUCAACCCAAUCACCAUCUGCUACAUCUGUAACGUACGGUUGACUGCCAUGUACAAUAACUCUGAUGUGCUUCUCUGUACUUAGAAAAGAACAGACGACUUGCCUGAAAAACACUAAUAAAAGCAGCUGGGCAGAUUUCUUCUAGCAAAUGUUUAUGCAAAGUACAUAUUUUCAAAGAUUAGCAUCAGUUAAAAUGAUAACCUGUAAAUCUGUAAAAUUGAGACAGGACUAGUUAUCCAGAAGGAAGAAUCUUUGGUAAUGUGUUGCCAGUGUAGUGACAGUUUUUUCAGGCUUCUGCCUGAUCAUACUUGAACACCCAGAAAUCUUAGGGAAAGUGAAAAUAACUAGAAUCAUACUUCUAAAAUGUUCAAAAGUUGGAUAAAACAGCUUUGGUACAUUCUCAAAAACAUUCUAGGCUGGUUCCCCAAACAUAAGUUAAGCCUAGUCCUGAACUAAAUAACUGUGCCAGAGGUGAAUAAUUGAAAUCCUUUUUAGCCUAGGUUUAGGCUUAAUCAGGGUCUGGGCCUCUGCCAUGUCUGUCUUAUUUUGUUAGAGUGUAAUAGUUGUAAUUUUGAGUUUGAGUUGUACAGUCACAUCAGUUGUUUAUUCGCAUAAUUUAGCAACUGCCCAGUGACAGAGUUGUCUGCUUUUCUGUUUAAAGUAUAGGGAAACACACUGAAAUGAUUGUCCAUAGUAAUCAAGCAUAUGAUGCAAAUGUGGUAGAUAGAUUAGGUUGAAAAUAGCUGUAAUAUUCCUUUAAGGGAAUAGUUUGGCAAAAUUUCAUACAAUUUUUCACUUACUCCAGAUGUAAUUGAUCAGCCAGGACAUGAUUAGUGUCCAAAUUUAGUUUCCUUAUUUUAGCGCUGAUGCUAAACACUAGUAGCCAAUAGUCACCUAAAUCUUUUCCAUAAUAGUUUGAACCCCACUGGUCAAAUGGCAUGUAUUAUUGAUUUGUUAAGUGAAAAGAGGUGAACACAUCCUCCACAGGGAACAAACUUAAAUAUGGUGUUUUUUAUGCACAUUUUA